CAUUUUACUCGGCGCACAGCUGCUACUUGGAAUGACGCGCAUGACUGACAUUUUAUUUGACUAUGUGAAAAAGUCAUCAGCUUUUUGGUAUUCAGAUAAUGAUAACAACCAAGUUGUAACGCGAUGUUUAACAGACGGGAAAAUCAGGGGUUAUGUACCGUUCAACCAAUAUUAGUCGGCGUAGCCUCCAUCCAAAAUUAGACGGCCCUAUCUCGCCAGGUAAAACGGAACAUACACACCAGUGGUGUAGGUAAACUGAUGAAAUCGAUCUGUGUUAUGUCAAAUUUUGAGGGAUCCUCACACAAAAUACGUGGACAUGUUAAUACAGAUUGGAUGUUAAUAUAUUCUGACUGGACAUUUAUUUUACUUGCCAUGUUAAACCAGAACAGAUGAAAAGUUUUUUUUUCCUGUGGGACAAUAAGACAUGAGUGUGUGUCAGUGUGAAAACCUGACGUAUCUUCUCGGAUUCGAUGUCCUACAACAAUCCUUACCGUUCGAAACCGAGGACAGGUUUGUAAAGUAUGUGAAUUUUGACUUCGAGCCUAAGUAUCGGACGAAACGUUUCCUAAUAUUUGCGGGCACCUUGCUUCCGAUAGGAAAAGAUGACGGUUGUAACAGGGACGUGAUCGUCAAGGUUCGUAGGGAACGUCCAGCUGCGGACGACUAUUGGGGAUUUUACUUCGCCAGGUCGGGUAUCUCCAGAAAUGUCCUGGCUCGUUUUGAUCGAGUUGUGGACGAGGAACUUGAAUUGGAUAUUGAGUUCGUGGACGAGUAUGAAGCCAAAUUUUCAGGGUAUACUCAGUGGAAUGAAUUCAUGAUGCAAUUUAAGGAUUAUAACCACAGGACUCUAACCAGUGGCGAGCACAUUGUCGUGGAACCUUACUUACAUGGACAAUUUCAAAACUUUGAUAAAUAUUCCGAUGCCAUCAUGGACUCGUUAGCACAUUUCUCUUACCACACCAGCAGGGGCCAGUAUCUGUUACACGGACUGAAAGGCGUUAAACUUGAUGGAAGUUACCGACUCACAGUGCCUCUUAUUCAUUCUAUUAAUAAGGAUUUUGGUCCAAGGGACAUGGCAAUGGAGGGGAUAACUAGGUUCUUUAGAAACCACAAUUGCACAGACAUUUGUCAUGGAUGGUCAAAACCUGAGUUGACAGACAUUAACAUGAAUACAAAAGACAUUGGUGUUCUCCAUAAAACUGACAGAAAUCAGCGCUGUCAUCGGAACGAUACAAGAGAUGUCCACAUCGAAAAGAUCAUCGCAGAUGAAGGCAUUUAUAACUCUAUUUCCGAACCAGAAAAUGAAGAAAAUGACCAAAGAGAAGCCGACGAUAAUACUGCAACAUCCAAAGCACCAAAAGAAGAACAAUAUCAUUAUGCAAAGGUCAACAAGAAGGCAAAAGACAAAGGUUUUGAAGAAGUUGAUUUGUCUGAAAAUAUGGAAAUAACGUCAGAAGAUGCUAGUGUGUAUGGAGGAUCUCAAGAUACAGGGUAUUCGUCCAUCCGGGAACUUAAAGACUUUCAGUUUGAGAAAGAUCACCAUGGUGACGAUAUCACCAGCGAUGAUCCAUAUCUGAACGAUCCAGACGAAACUGCUGUGAUUGGUUUGGGAAAUAUUAACAUGUACAAUAACGAGAAGUACAAUUCAGGUUUUGUAGAUAUACAUCAAUACCCUCAAGCUUUUUACCGCGAAUAUGAAAACGAGAAAGUCACCACCACCGCUAUAAUUCACUCCGAGAACAGAGAGGACAGCCUUGGGGAGAAAGUCCGGGACUCAAAGAAGAGCGAUGAUGUGUACGAUACGAUAGAUUCUGUGUCCCAGGUACGAAGAGAUAUUAAUAGACUGUCGGUGACUGAACACAGCCAAGUACAAAAUACUGUAGUGUAAGACCCGACAACAGUUACGUAAAGCUUAUUUGGAUAGGUAGACAUUCAGGUGUAUGUUAUGUAAUGAAUGACAAAUAUGUCGAAGACUUUAAAUACCGUACCCAUAUAGUGAAGACCACACACAAAUUAAUAUUCGAUAAUCUGUGCAUUGUAAUGUGAUAACUGAUUUUAAUCAUUUAAUUUUGGCGUAACAAACUACAAGGGUUAUUUGAUCUUAAAAAUGACUCUAGGUCAAUCAGAUACAAAUCGUCACCCGAGGAAAUCUAUUUAUAGUAAACGUCACAUUAAACUGUGAUCAGCAAUGCCAAUUGUACAUUAUCAUUGUAUAUCUAUUUCUAUUUAAAGAGGAAUAAAUAUAUGGAGUCAC